AUGAAUUAAUACCAAGUUUUUCCAAAAGAAUAAGAACUUUAGGAUCUCACAUAAAACAAUAAUGAAAAUACUUCUAACUAAUUUGCACCUUAUGUCAAUAUGUAGAUUUAUUCUCAAUAACAAUAAAACAAUUAAAAUUCUUAUAAUAAUAAUUAUGCAGAGUUAAAUGAAGAUUAAGAUAAAAAGUAGGAAUCUAAUUUAGAGAAUUUCAAAUAGUACAUUUCAAAUUUGCAAUCAAAUUUCUCAGAAGAAUCAGUUGGAUGUCAAUUUUUCACAAUUUGCAAUAGCAUUAUAUGUUUUGUAAUAAUAUGUGUUAUCAUUAAAUCACUUUGA